UCCCCGCUUUUCGCAGACCAUGCUCCCCGAGGAGCGCAAGGAGGGCUCGCCCCGUUUCGGGAAGCUCCAUUUCCCCGUGGGGCUCUGGAUCAAUUCCCCCAAAAAACGCCUGGCCAAGAUGAGCCGCCGCUGGCCCAGCGCGGGCUCCGUCCGAUCCACCUCCUCGGACACCCCGAGCCGCGCCAGCGACCCCUCGGACCCUCGCCCCGCGGUGCCCGCGCCCCCUCCCAAACCCAAAGCCCCCCGGCACAAGCGCCUGUCCCACCUGUUCCACCGCGCCACCAGCGCCACCAGCGCCACCAGCGCCACCAGCGCCACCAGCGCCACCAGCGCCACCAGCGCCACCAGUGCCACCAGUGCCACCCCGCAGGGCGGCCGCUGGGCCAGCGAGAAGAAGCUGGCCGAGCUCCACGACCCCUCGGGGGACAUUUUAGGGUCGGGGGGCGGCGCGACCCCGAACCCACAACAACCCCCGUGCAUCCUCAAGAUCUUCGGGGGGGCGAUUUCCAGGGGGGCCAACUACAAGAGCGUCCUGGCGACCCCGCGCUCCAGCGCUCGCCAGCUCGUGCGGGAGGCGCUGGAGCGUUACGGGCUCAAUCCCGACGAUUUCGGGCAAUUCGCGCUCUGCGAUGUGGUGGGGCGGCCCGGGGGCGGCGGCGCGGCCGGGGGCGGCUGGCAGGGCGAGCACCUGCGCGAGGUGGGCGACUGGGAGCGGCCGCUGCUGCUGCAGGAGCUCUGGAAGCCCAAGGCGGGGUGGUCGCGGCGCUUCGAGAUCCGCCGCAGGCAGGACCUGGAGAGAGCGGGGGACGGCGACGAUGGCGACAGCGCCGGUGAGUGGCGACAGUGGCGGAGAGAGCGGUGGCGACCCCGGAGCGGCGGGGGUGGCCCUGGGGGUCCUGGCGUUGGUGUGUGCCCGCCCCCGGACCGGCGGGAGUGUCCCCCGGGGGAGAUUUUGUACACGACUCAGAAUGAAUUCCUGUUGCUGCGCUUCAUGGUCCGCGAGAUCAUCCGCGAUUUAGGAUUUUAUACGCGACUCAGAAUGAAUUCCUGGUUGCUGCGCUUCAUGGUCCGCGAGAUCGUCCGCGACCUGGGAUUUUAUAUNCCGGACGCGGAGCCCCCUCCUCCCCCGGACCUGGCCGCGGUCACCGCGGAGCUGCGGCCGCUGCUGCUUUGGCUCGCGAACGCCCUGGAGCUGCUGAACCUCGCGCAGGGGCACCUGCAGGGGCUGGAGAGCCAGCUGGACACGGAAGACCUGCAGGGGCUGGAGAGCCAGCUGGAGACGGAAGGGCCGUGCCCCGAGCUGGAGCGGGACCUGGAGAGCUGUGACGAGGCUUUGGGGGUGCUGGACGAGGUGAUCAUGUCCACGUUCCAGCAGAGCGUCUACUACAUGACCAAGGAGUACAUGGACCCGAUGAACGAGCACAACGCCCUGAACGAGGCGCGCCAGAUGAUCGCCGUGGCCGACGAGAACCAGAACCAGCAGCUGGAGCUGGACGAGAUCCUCAAAUACAGCGAGUACUUCACGGGCAGCAAACUCAUGGACUAUGCCAGAAACGUGCACGAGGAGUUCUGA